GUGGAUGCAAGCCGGCAGCGCCCCGCCGCGGCGAACCACUUUGAGGCAUGCGGAGGGGGGAGGGGGGGGCAACAAGAAAGGAGGGGUCGGGGCGUGGGAAGCGGCUCACUUGACGACGGCCCGUCCGGACUCGACUCGACUCGAGCGAGCAUCGUCGCCCCAUCUUGUCCCAGCAGACAAGCCCCGACGUGAGCACCGAAGUCCACAAAUAGGCAAAGAAAAGAAAAGCGGCCAAGUCAGCGCGGCGCUUUGGAGAAAUUCCGCCAAACGUCGUCGACGUGCCGCUGAGGAUUUCCGUUGUUUGCAACGCGACCCCACUGCGACAUUCUCCGAGACCAGACCAGACCAGAAGAGAGGAGAGCUCGGCUCGGCUCGAAACAAAAAACUGAGAUGUUUGCCGCCGCUCAACCGAGAUAGCCACUCAGCGAGCACGGCGUCGUCGGAUGGAGGAAUGACCCGCUGACAGCCUCCCCCUGCCCCCUCCCACCGAAAAGGCAUGUCCGGCGGACUUGAGUUUGCGCUGGUGGCGUGGCUCGUGGCCUUUGGCGCCGCCGCCUCGGGAGACGGGAGCGGCGCCGAUGGCGGCGGGUCCGUCCCGGCCGCGCUCGCCGCCGCCAGCCAGCUGAUCGCCCGAGAGGGAAGCUGCGUGCUGAUUGACUGCAAUGUCAGCGGCGACCCCUUCCCCAGCGUCAAGUGGUUCAACUCUCACGGCGACCUCGUCGACACGGACGCCAGUAGCGGUGGCAAGUGGUGGCUGCUGGAGAGCGGCGUCCUCAACAUCACGGGCGUGGAAUUUGCCGACCGCGGCAAGUACACCUGCGUGGCGUCCAACGCGCACGGCGCCUCCAACUGCACGGUGACGCUGCGCGUGGUCUUCACCAAGGGCGACAUGGGCGUCUACUACAUGGUGGUGUGCCUGGUGACCUUCACCAUCAUCAUGGCGCUCAACGUCACGCGCCUGUGCAUGAUGAGCAGCCACCUGAAGAAGACGGAGAAAGCCAUCAACGAGUUCUUCCGCACCGAGGGCGCCGAGAAGCUGCAGAAGGCCUUUGAGAUCGCCAAGCGCAUCCCCAUCAUCACCUCCACCAAGACGCUGGAGCUGGCCAAGGUCACGCAGUUCAAGACCAUGGAGCUGGCGCGCUACAUCGAGGAGCUGGCGCGCAGCAUCCCGCUGCCGCCGCUCAUCAUGAACUGCCGCACCUUCAUGGAGGAGAUCCUGGAGGUGGUUGGCGUGGAGGAGAUGCGGCACACCUUCCUCAGGCAGGUGCCCGAGGGCUGGCGCCCCGGCGCCGUGGCCGGCCCCGGGGACGCGCUGGCCCUCCUGCGCGAGCGCGAGCGGGGCCAGCACAUCGCCAUCCAGGUGUCGGUGCACCCGCCGCUGGAACCGCCGCCCGCCCCGCCCCUCGACGACCACGCGCGAGGGAGUCCGGCCGACGAGCCCCCCGCCAAGAGCCCGCCGCCCUGUCAGGUUUUUUAUGAGAGUCACGUGUGACGAGGAACAUGACUCACCCCCCCACCCCCCACCCCCAAAAAAAAAAAAAAAACGUCGGGCUGUUUCCGGCAACUGACCAAUCACAUGCCAGCGUUUCAUUUCAUGUCACGCUUGAAUGUAAACUCCCCAUCAGCAAAGAAAUGUCGACUUCCACCGCAAGUGUGCGCUAAAAUGACUCCUUUUAUUUGCGUUGCAAUCCGGCUAUCCUUCGUUCAUUCCGUUUUCAACGAGCAAAUUCAGAUUUUGUCCCCAAGUCUUGGCGCCAAAGUUAUUACAGUGAACAAAAAAAAAACAACAAAAAUAAAGAAAUACAAUUUUAUAUAUCUUUUUCAAUGGAUAAAGGUGAAUGUUUGGCUCAUUGGCCCUCUGCGCUCUCCUGCUUUAAAUUGACCAAUAAUUUGGAAAGGGGAAAAUAAUCAAUCAAUCAAACCCAUGCCUACGGACUGACCGCAAGUUGAGUUGUGGAAAAAAAAUUGAAAUGAGCCAAAUUUUGACAUGGAAGGCCAUUACAGUUGACCAAAACAAGAAAUACAAUUGAAAAAUGAAAUAAAAACGAAAAUACGUUUAAAAUCUGAAACGACAUCUUA